AUGGGAAGCAUCACCCACCAAGAACACCUCAACGUUCCUCAGCAGCAGAGGCGACGGACUUCUGUUCAAGACGUCCCUGCUUUUGCUGAGCACGGGCCUCUUGUCGACCACAAGAUUCCUCAGGCCGAUGCCGUGCAACAAGAACCUGAUCUAGCUUGGAGUCGAAUCCGCCACUUCCUUCGAGAGCCGCUGUCGGAAUUCUUUGGCGUGUUUAUCUUGAUCCUCUUCGGUGAUGGCGUCGUCGCUCAGGUAGUCCUCAGCGGAGGCACGAAGGGAGACUACCAAUCAAUCUCCUGGGGCUGGGGGCUUGGUGUCAUGCUUGGAGUCUAUACCGCCGGCAUCUCAGGAGCGCACCUCAAUCCUGCAGUGACCUUGAGCAAUGCGGUGUUCCGCAAGUUUCCCUGGCGGAAAUUUCCUGUCUACAUGCUUGCCCAAACCCUCGGCGCUAUGGCAGCCUCUGCGAUCGUCUACGCCAACUACAAGUCUGCGAUCGACGUUUUCGAGGGAGGUCCCAACAUCCGCACCGUGGGUGGGGAGACCUCGACCGCAGGCAUCUUUUGCACCUACCCUGCGCCGUUCAUGACGAAGACGGGCCAAUUCUUCUCAGAAUUUAUCGCCAGUGCUAUCCUAAUGUUCUUGAUCUACGCGUUGAAGGAUGACGGAAACAUUGGCGCAGGAAACCUCACGCCUCUGGCCCUCUUCUUCGUCAUCUUCGGCAUUGGUGCCUGCUUUGGCUGGGAAACUGGCUAUGCCAUCAACCUUGCUCGAGAUUUUGGUCCGCGCCUCGUCAGCUACAUGAUCGGUUACGGCCACGAGGUCUGGAGCGCAGGAGGCUACUACUUCUGGGUCCCAAUGGUUGCCCCUUUCUGCGGAUGCACAUUCGGCGGUUGGCUCUAUGACACGUUCCUCUUUACUGGCGAGAGUCCAAUCAAUACUCCUUACAUGGGCUUCAAACGUCUAAUCCAACCUAAACGGUCCGUCUGGUCGAACACUUACACCGCCAGAUCCGAGAGCCAGGUGUGA